AUGUAUCUCUUCUUUCUAGUCGCACUUGCGUUCUCAUCUCUAGUCUGGUGCUUCCCACAGGGUUCAGAGCUUUCAGAAGAUAUUUGUUACUAUUUGGGACCUCACAAAAUAGAUCCCGGUUGCGAGAGUUUAUAUGGCUGCGAAGACGACACUGAAGUAAUUCUUUGCAAUGAUUCAAACAAACAGGUCUUUCCUGACCGAAAAUCCAUUGGGAAAAAGAUGCAAGCUGUGUUAAAUCAAUGUACUAAAGAUCCUAGUCAGAGCUCCUUGCCAUACGUGGAUCUCGUUGAGCAACAACAAUCUCCUACUGCUUGCGGCGAGAACUUUGAGAAAGAUAUUCCGGAGCAAUGGAAUGUUAUUAUCCGAAAAUUCCAGAGCGAUAUCUUGGGUUAUGGAGCAGAUUCUGUGGGUGACGGCGUUGAAAAUUAG